AUGGAUCAAUUCACCCCUAACACAAAAAGAUUUCCACAGGUGAAGGAAUGGAUCUUCAGAGUGACUGGCUUCCUUUGCAGCCUCUUGUCAUUGGGGUUUGGAAUAAUCCUCCAAAGCAGCAGAUACUGGCGCCUCUGGGAAUUUGACAACAAGGUUGUUCAGCUUGUGUACAUCGGGCUCUGUGGAGCUUAUUACCAUCGGGAGUUUAACAUCUCUGGUUCUGUGACCAGGAUUCUGAUGUACAGCCCUGUCAACUCAACCUGGACCAUUUCAUCUGAAUUUAGAUGUGCGCAGAGCCUGAUCUUACUGGCUAUGUUUAUAAAAGCCAUGGUGGUGAUUUUUAGCUCAGCAGCUCUUAGGGUUAGCAUUAUCAGAGCCUCAGUCCCUGAGAUUCAAAUACUCUGCUACAGGUGCUGUGUCUUACUUCUGUUUCUCAGUAGCCUUUGCACAGCACUUUCUGUGACCUGGAACCAUGUAGUAGAUCUUUAUGGUGAAACAACUUUUGACUUUCCACACAACUUUCCUGUUAGGAAAGAAGACCUGAUCAAAAAACACUACACUCAUGUGUUCCCCAUAGGGGUCCUGACAGCCACCCUGUCACUCUUUGCAAUGAUUAUGUUCUUCUUUGAGAUCAGAUCAUUGAAAUUACAGAGUAACCUGAAUGCCCAGGGUACUUCCAAGCAGGCCAAUCAAAAUGCCUGA